CAAGUCUGCAAGAGCGCAAGUACGGACAAGUACUCACAGUGAGAACCUGCCCAGAUGAAGCCGAGGAUAAAGCAAAUAAAGUUUACAGUGAUCCGCACAACCAUCUCUGUUGGAGGUUGACGUCCUGCUGCUCUGAUUCCUGCACAGACCACAGAAAAUACACAUAAAAAUGUUCCUGUAUCUCCUCGGGCUGGUGGCUGUUUGGUUCAUCUAUCGCUGGUACAAAGAACUGGAGAGAGUUUCCAACAAGGGAGACAAGUAUGUGUACAUCACAGGCUGUGACUCUGGGUUUGGUCACCUCCUGGCGAGACACCUGGACACACUGGGCUUCCGUGUGAUCGCAGGCUGUUUCACUGAGAAAGGUGAGGACGAGCUGAAGAAGAUCACCUCUGAAAGGCUGACAACCAUUCAGCUGGAUGUCACGGAUUCUGAGAGCGUCAAGAAAGCAGCAGCUCGCAUCAAGACUCUGGUCGAACAGAAAGGCCUGUGGGCGGUUGUGAACAACGCUGGAGUCUCUGUUCCAUCUGGUCCCGUCGACUGGCUCGUCAUAGAGGAUUACAAGCCUAUGCUGGCCGUCAAUCUGCUUGGCGUGAUCGACGUAACACUGAGCGUCCUCCCCCUCAUCAAGAAGGCCAGAGGCAGAGUGGUCAACGUUGCCAGUGUGUUCGGGCGAAUCAGUCCAUUCGGUGGACCUUACUGUGUGUCCAAGUACGGAGUGGAGGCCUUCAAUGACAGUCUGCGGUUAAACAUGGCACCAUUUGGAGUCAAGGUAGCCUGCAUUGAGCCUGGGUUCUUCAAAACAAAUGUGACUGAUCUUGGGUUGAUGAAGAAUAAUGCAAGGAAGCUCUGGGAAAGACUACCUCAGGAAAUGAAGGACGAGUAUGGAUAUGAAUUCUAUGAGAGUAGUAUUGAACAAGUGGAUCAAAGGUUCAAGCAGUUCACGGACGCCGACCUGAUGAAGGUGGUGGGCUGUAUGGAGCACGCCAUCGCUGCUGUUCGUCCUCGUACUCGCUACUCUCCUGGAUGGGACGCAAAGUUCUUCUGGCUGCCGCUGUCCUACAUGCCAACCUGCCUGAGUGAUGCAAUGUUCCUAAAGUACAGCUCCAAACCAAAAGUAUCCGUGCUGUAGUUUCUGUCAUGCCACUUGGUGCAGACAGUUCCCUUUACUUCUCAAGUCAUAAUAUGUUGCUCUUAAGCGCCGUGCCAUUGUCACCUCUAUUAGCUUUUAAGGCUCUUGUUCUUGAUGAACUUUGCUUCUCUUCUAAGUGUCUCUUUCGAUUGUUAACUUGUAUUUAUCCAGUGUCAAACGCUGACCACAGUCUUGACUCUGCAGACACUCAGCACAACUGUACCUGUUGCCUCUGCAUUCAGUUAUUCUGUACUCUUGACGAUGAAGAAUCUGCUGCAUCUAAACAACUGUAACUAUGGUACGUUUGCAUUAUUUUUAUACUCCUUAGUCUUUAUACUGCUAUUCGCUGAUCGGCUUUGAUGGUCACAAUGAGCACCAUGACUUGAUAGGAGAUGAUGAAAUGAAUGAUUCUAAAUGAUUUUUGUUAUUUUGAUGCCAUCUGGUGGUUGAGUGAAAAUGGUUGAAUUAAAGGAUCGAUCCAUUCAACAAAA